UGAGGCAAAUCAGCAAGAAUGUGGCUCUUUCAGCUCAGGGUCCGGGGGGCUGCUGGGGCUGCUCAAGGCAGAGGGACGUUGACAAGCUCUGCUGAACUGAUAACUUUAAAAGGGCAUCUUCUGCUGGCUCCUCUCUUCAGUGCUUUAUCGCUGCAAGUGACAGAAUGGGGAGGGUUCCAGCCCCGCUGCGUUCUCGGAGAGCUGGGGGGCUAUAAAAACGGGAGGAACUAGGCAUCCGGGAGACAGUGACGGACAAAGCUGAGAGAGGGCAACCAGAGAGAAGUGAGCAGGAAGGCGACAAGCACCAGAUCGGCCCGACCCACACCAGCAUGGGCUCCUUCCCCAUCGCCAUGGGCUUCCUCGUCUUCCUGGCCUUCUGGCCUCCAGGCCAUAUUGAAGCAAACCCCAUAUACAAUGCGGUGUCCAACGCAGACCUGAUGGAUUUCAAGAAUUUGCUGGAGCAUCUGGAGGAGAAGAUGCCAUUAGAAGAUGAGGUGGUAUCCCCACAAGCCCUAAGUGAGCAGAGCGAUGAAGCAGGAGCAGCUCUAGGCUCCCUUCCUGAGGUGCCUCCCUGGACCGGGGAGGUCAAUCCACCUCAGAGAGAUGGGGGUGCCCUUGGACGGAGCCCCUGGGACCCCUCCGAUAGAGCUGCCCUCUUGAAAAGCAAACUGAGGGCCCUGCUUGCCACCCCUCGAAGCCUGCGGAGGUCCAGCUGCUUCGGGGGCAGGAUCGACAGGAUUGGAGCCCAGAGUGGACUGGGCUGCAACAGCUUCCGGUACCGAAGAUAACAGCCAGGGAGGAAAGGGCAUCCAGGCCUCCUGGGACAGACUGCAAGAGACCCUAAGCCCCUGCCCUGUGUCAGCGUAUCACGAAGCUUGGUCUCAUCUCGUUCCUUGGAGGUGUGACCAACACCCUACUGAGCCACAGCAGCUGACAUCAUCUAUCACAAUCAAUGCUAAAUGUAGAUGAGUGGUUUCAAAGAGGCUUCCUACCUCUCCCACACUGUGCAUAAGGUAGAUCCUCACCCCUUUCAGAAAACAGUUGGAAAAAAGGAAAAAAAAAAAAAAAGAAUAAACUUCAGCACCACGGACAGAGAAGCGGCCGUCUGAGUUGCUUGUGCUCCCUUCCCACGAGCCUCAAGUUCCUUCCAUGCCAUUUUUUUUCCCUUUGUGACAGAAAAGACCGCCUGCUUUGCUUGCUUGCUUUGUCCUAUGACUUCUCCCUCCCUCCCUUCUUUUCCUCCUGAGGGUAUGGGGACUCGAGUCACAGUCCUCACUCUGCUUGGCUCACAUCAGCCUCAGUCACAGGAAAAAUCUGAAAAAGUCCAUGGAGAUGGAAAGGGCAUUUAUUUUUACCCACAUUUGCUCACACCCAUGAAAAGGAAACUCACAAACAUCUGGAUGUCUUUUCCUGGUGAUAGUUAAUGACGCUUGUGCCCAACAGACAAUUUUUUUUUCACUCCUCCUGUGUUUCGGUUACAGCCCGGGUGAUUUUAAGGCACAUUCAGAAAACUCGGAUACUGACUAGAUUUCUGGUAGCUCUGAGGACCUGCUGCUAAGUGAAUAUUACUUUCAGUAUGGACAAGAGUCAGUGGCAUGAAGGGUUCACAGCUGUGCAAAAUGAAGAAAAGGUCUAAGUUCAAUGCCUUGUGAACUACCACACCCAUCUCAUUCUAUCUACCUAUCUACUUUAUCUAUCUAUCAUCUAUCAAU